AUGGCACCGAAAAUAUACAACAUGAUACCUAAAAUAUACAACAGUAAGGCCAGAUCUCGCUGCUACGAAGCCAUACUCUUCAUUCUGCUAUUGUGCGGUUACAACUACAAUUACUUCGAUAAAAAUAUGUUCUACAAAAUCACUGCCAAAUUCUACUGCCUCAUCCUGGUUUCCGUUAUGGUAUACACGACAUUCGCAUGUCGCAACACCCAGAAUUGGCCGCAUAUAUGGUUAUUACUGGAAUACGUCUUCUCAGCUCUAAUAAUAUUGUGUUAUCGGACGAAAAUGAACCUAUUCCUGCAGAAAUUAAAGCUGAUAGACAUGUAUUUGAGGAUCAAUUACAGACAUUACAAUUGGGAGUUGUGGAAGAUCAUCGGUUUCACUAUUGUCUUAUGGGCUUUGAGGAUCGGACAUAUGUACUUAUAUUGCGCUAAAGAUUGGUGUUACGACAUCUUUAGCAUUUUUUUGAUUAGUCAGUUCUCUACUAUCGCUUUGGACGUCAACGGCGUGUGGCGAUGCGCGAUCUUUGACAUCAUACGAUAUCGGUUGAAGAUACUCCGGAUUAGAUUAGAAGAGUCACCCGAAAAUAACUUUUAUUUGUAUGUAAAUAAAAACAAAACGCUCAAAGAGAACAAGAUUAGACUUAUGUUGUUUAUUUAUAGAACUAUUGCUGAUGUGCUUGCGAUGAUAUCGCCGGAAUUGGAUGCAACAGUGAGUAUUACGUUUUAUCUGGAACCAACCUUACUCUUCGUAUGUGGAUUUCUCAUGUUGCACACACUUCAGAUAAUAUUAUUUCUCUUCACACCUUUCCUGAUAGUGGAAUUUUAUUCGAUUGAAGUGGAAAGAAUUAUAUUGUUUUUAAUUCAUAAAGUAAUUGACGAAACAGAUCCAGGAACAAAAGUAGAUGCUAAGCUAUUCAUAAAGUAUAUACAGAUAAGGUCAUUCCGAUACAAAAUUUGGCGAAUUUUAAGAGUAAACGCUGACCUGCCAUUCGAGUUGAUCAAUGUGUGCGUCAACUUCGUGUUGGUUUUACGAAAUUUCAUGCAUUUGUAUUAA